UUGUUUUUCUUCCUUUUUCUUUUUUCUUUUAUAUACAAUAAUAUAUCUACAAAUUUAUAAGAAAACUUUUGACAACUUUUUUUUUUCUUUCUUUCUAAUUCUUUAUAUUAAAUAAUGUCUACUGAGCGUGAAAACAAUGUCUACAUGGCCAAGCUCGCUGAGCAAGCCGAACGUUAUGAUGAAAUGGUUCAAUAUACUAAGGAUGUUGCAAAGAUGGGUAACGAGUUAACUGUUGAAGAACGUAACCUUUUGUCUGUUGCUUAUAAGAAUGUCAUUGGUGCACGUCGUGCUUCAUGGAGAAUUGUUUCAUCUAUUGAACAAAAGGAAGAAAACAAGGGUAACACUGCUCAAGUAGAAAAGAUUAAGGCUUAUCGUCAAAAGAUUGAAAGUGAACUUCAAGAAGUUUGUAAAGAUAUUUUGAACGUUUUAAAUGAAAACUUAAUCCCUAAUGCUCAAGGUGGUGAAUCUAAGGUCUUUUACUAUAAGAUGAUGGGUGAUUAUCAUCGUUAUCUUGCUGAAUUUCUUACCGGUGAAGCACGCAAGGAAUCAGCCACUCAAGCUCAUGAAGCUUACAAGACAGCUACAGAAAUUGCACAAACUGAAUUGGCUCCUACUCAUCCUAUUCGUUUGGGCCUUGCCUUGAACUUUUCUGUCUUUUAUUAUGAAAUCCUUAACUCCCCUGAUCGUGCCUGUCAUCUUGCUAAACAAGCAUUUGAUGACGCUAUUGCUGAACUUGAUACUCUCUCUGAAGAAUCUUACAAGGAUUCCACUCUUAUUAUGCAAUUACUGAGAGAUAAUUUGACUUUGUGGACAUCUGAUUUACAAGAAGAAACCGAAAAGGCUGAUGAAGUUAAGGGUGAAGCUGUUGACGAAUCUAAAUAAAUUAAUAAUUCAUAUUUUCUAUCUCCUUUCUUCACAAUAAAACAACACCACUAUUAUUAAAAUAAUAUGUAGUCGGGACUUGUAUUUAUUUAUUUAUUUUAUUUUAUUUUCUAAUUACAACAAAUGAUAUAGUUAUAGUUUAUUAUGUGUUUGUUAU